AUGAAUCUUCAUCAGAUCUUAACAAUCCUUCCUAAACCCGGUGAACAAUGUCUGGGAGCCUUCGCUUUGAAAACAACUUCACCAUUCCAGUGGUUUCUCGAUAGUGGUUGUAGUAGACAUAUGACAAGUGAUCUCUCCUGGUUCACGAGGACUGAAGACUAUAAAGGAGGGUCAGUAACAUUCGGAGAUGGAAGCAGCUGUCUUAUCAGCAAGAAAGGUACAAUCAAACUUCCUGGUAUUCCUGAAAUUCAUGAUGUUGUUUACGUUAAGGGUAUGAAAGCAAUCCUUUUGUCUGUAAGUCAAAUUUGUGAUAAAGGAAAUAUCAUUAAUCGUGAACUUGUCAAAGGUGUUCCAAAAAUAAACACUAAAGUAGAAGGUGUUUGUGGAGCAUUGCCAAAAAGGAUGCAGAAAGAACAAGGUCGCAAGCUUAAAAAAAUAAGAAGCGAUCGUGGUACAGAAUUCAAGGAUACGAAAGUAUAUGAAUACUGUAAUGAACUUGGGAUUACCCAACAAUUAUCUGCUCCUAUUAUACCUCAAUCGAAUGGUCCUGUUAUCUAA